AUGAAUAGAAAACAACCCAGAUUCCCUUAUUUAAAAACCAAUACGAAAUUUAAGCAAUUUGGUGUGCAAUGUGAAAUCAAUAAAAGCAACCCUGAUAUUUCAGAAGCGGAUAUAUUUUUAAACGAUGAAAUUAGGGAGAUUUACAUGAAAGCUGUACGAUUUAUAAAUAAAGUCCACACGCAUAUGAAUAAUGUGUUGAAUCAAAAAUGUAUACAGGGAGGUGAAGAUAAGGAUGUUUUAUUUAGAAUGCCAGAAAUACAAAAUUAUUUGCCUCUCUAUAAGUUUUUUUUGGAUAACUUGAAAGAAGAUUCAAAAAUACAAGAAAAUAAUGACAAAUGCUUCAAAGAUCUCGUGGAAAAGUUAUCCAACACAAGUAUCAUAGAGUUUGUUCCUGAGAUUAAACAGUUGAAAGAGUAUAAGGAAUUGGAGAAAAAAUUAAGCACACAUUCAAAGAAUGUCCAGACAGACUUCAUAAUGAAAUUUUCCAAUGAAAGUGAUAAGGAAGAGCAAGAUGACUGCGAAGUAGAAGAGGCAUCCUUACCAUCAACCUCAAAUUUGGACGUUAAUAAGGAAGACCUGGAAAAUUGUUUUAUUAACAUUCCAGAAAAGUUGAAAGAGCUUGACGAAGCUAAUUCCGAGAAUCGGUCUAUGAUGGCUGACUUGAUAAAGGAGCAAGUCAGGGAGCAAUUUGAAGAUCUAAUUUUGAAGUCUAAGAAAAAUGUGCAGAUGGAUACAGAAAAAACUUUAUCGAGGAUUAUAAUUAGCCAAGUAAAUAUACCUGGGAAGACUAGUACGCAGUUUAGUUGCUUGAAACAGUCGGGACCUGUACAUUUUAAGAAUACAUUUAAUAACGUCGAUGUGGAUAUUUUGGAUGAUAACAACAGUAUUAUUUUGGAUGAUGAAGAGUUUGAAAGAUUGAAAGAAAAAUCUUUGAAAGAACAGAAAAAGGUGUACAGAAAAGUUGAACCUGUAAUACGCAAACCGAUCUUUAACUGUCCCCUGAAACUGAACCAAAAGGACAUGCCUAUGGUGAACAAAGACAUCCUUUCCGCUAUCGGGAUUUUUAAUGACCAAGGAGAAAUCCGGCCUGAUAUAAUGGAAAUGAUGGAGAAGGGAAAGGAGAAGAAUCUGAACAACAUGAGGAAUAAAAUAUUUAGGGAGAAAAGAAAGUGUAACCCCGCACAGGAAAUUUUUUCAACGGCCUUAAUGAGUACCAGCGCAUUAUCGUUAAAUUCUGAUUCUUCGGAUAUUAAGUCUGAUUCUGAGCUGGAAAUGAUGGAAAAUGAGAUCAAUAGGAGAAUAUUGAAAUAA